UAGAUAUACACAGUGCAAGCAUACAGCCGAGUAUGCAUCUAUACUUGGAUAUUUUAGGACGAAAGAGAGGCAGGGCUAUAUGGGAGAAAAGCUGACCGUCGGCAUCGUUGUCACGGUCGUGUGACACAGUUGUCCUAGUUUCUUUGAGCGCUUUUUUUCGCGUUCCUUCGUUGGGACGCAUGGCUGGGAGACUCGAGUUGUUGGUUUCAGCAGGCUUUGUCGCUCUAAAGGGGACUUCUGCUCUGGUCGUAACUCCACCCUCCAAGGCAGGAGGAGCUUCGCUUGGGCUUGGCGAGCUUCGAGACGCCUGAGCGGUUUCGUGAGGCGAUGGAAGAGCGUCUGAAUAUUCCUGAGAGAAUCCGAGUCGGACAGGACAGUGCACUACGUGGUACAACCAGCGACUGCGGUGAAUGUCAACAUCCUACGAUGUUGAGAGAUGUCUCCACAUGCGGUCGGAUGGUUGCUAGAAGGGUGCUUGAGUGCCCGCCAUUUUUUGCCGCAUUCAAGUGCCAUUUCGCUGGCAGGGCGUCCCGAUGAACGGGGUCGUGACUGCUCAAAGAGAAUCGACUAAACAUCAGGUUUCUCCAGAUUAUGAAGUUCCCCAGGGUACAGCUAGAUUGUGCUGCGGCACGACGAACGGUCACAAGGUGUCAGGCCGGCAAGAAUCCGAUCGGCCUAUUCGUGGAGAGUCGCAAGAAGAAGGCGACGGCCGUUUUGUCGCUUGCGUAGGUCUGGAGACGCUGGUAAAAGCCUUUGUGUCUACCAAGCUCACUGCGUGUCUCGACCGAGGUGUAAAGAUACAGAAGCUACUUUCAUUGCGGCAGCAACAACACAAGACGUCGGCGAAGAAGCGAACGAGAGCCAGAGUCAAUCGGAGAGAAAGCGACAGGAGGCAGAGACGGAACCAGAGGAAGAAACAAGGAAAACGGAUUCCCUGUGACUAAGAUAAGGAGGAUACCAAGAAGAAGAGAAGAAGGGGGAAGAGCCGAAGGAAGAAAAGACAACGCAGGAGAACGAGGGGAGGAAGAAUGGAAAACAUGGAGGAGAAGUCAGACACAAACGACUAGAGGAGGAAAGAGGAAAGAAACAAGAGGAAGAGAAGCAGAAGUGAGAGAAGAGACAAGAAAAGGAGGAAACACCGAAAAAGUGAGGACGAAGCAAGAGAAGACGAAAGUAAGAAAAGGGAAAACGCCAGGCGGUUCUGGAGGCUACGCAACAUCAGUCCAAGAGAACCAGGAACAGCAAAAAAGAUAUCAGGAAGAACGAACGCAGAGAAGAACGGAGGAACUCGCGAAACGUCCAGAUGAUUCACGGGAGGAAAAGGGGAACGCAGGAAUGACAGGGAGAAGGAAGGGAGAGAAGCGAGAAAGGCCGAGACGAGGUCUUGCAUCUUAAAAAAACCGAAAUUGCAGAAAGACCCCAAACAUGCGAGGCACAGAGCCCAAAGCAAUUCUGAAUGAAGACACCAAGGCGACGGCUGACUGCUUGGAUACCCAAGAGACGCAUAGUGUGAUCGAUCUGAGUGCCUCUGUGUUGCACUCUCUCGGUACAUUGCGUGCUCGUUUGCUUUGUUGCCUGAUUUCUGCGGUAGUGAUCCUCCUUUCCAUUUCUUCGCUUUCGCUACCAGAGAGAACGGCCUUUGUUGGAGACACGGCAGAGUCCGAAGAGUCGUAGGGCUGAGAAAGGACUCCACCUUCGUCCCACUGAGGUUUGCAGUAAAUCGCGUCUAAGUAAAACAGGAGACGGAAAGAGAAAGCGAAUCCCAAACGAACUGCGCGAAUUGAAGAAAGAAAAGUCUCGUCUUGAACAUAAAGCUAUCUACAUGCAUGCAAAUAAAUAUAUGCCAUAUGGAAGUGCACCUUGAGUUGCCGUGUCUAUACAUACCCUCGCAUUAAUAUGCAUGCGUAGAUCUAUACAAGUCGUUAUACAUAAAUAUAUAUAUAUAUAUAUAUAUAUAUAUAUAUAUAUAGGUUGACAAAGAACUGCAUGCAUAUGAAGACCUACUAUAGGGCGACGCAUGCUGCUUACGCUCCACACAGCAAAAGCUUGGAGAUACUGUUUCCACCUUGUACGCUCCCACUCCAAAGGUGUAGCUACACACGAAUACCAACACCUCUCUAUCUGUCUGUUUAUAUAUAUAUAUAUAUAUAUAUAUAUAUAUAUAUAUAUGCGUAUAUGAACAUGUUGGCGUGCCUGUGUCUCUAUGUCAUAAAUAUGAUCAUAAGCAAGUAUACGUUUUAACUGUGUACAUCCACAGCCUCAUGGGUCAUCUAUAUAUGUCUCCUCCUCUCUCUCUCUCUCUCUCUCUCUAUAUAUAUAUAUAUAUAGGUGUGUUACAGUGCUUAGUGGGAAGUGCAUGUGGUGGAAUGUUUCGCAUUUUCUGUUUCUGUGCGGAGCGUACAACGAGUUUUCUGAGACCGAUUGCUGCGACCUUGAGCUGCGCAUUUCCUUUUUCCCUCUCGGCUUCGAUCGCCUUCGAAAGUUCCUCCUUGUAAUGUCAGCAGGAACGCAACACUUGAUCGCGACGCCAGACAGUGGAUGGGUGAAUCUCGGCUCAAGCGAGGAGCUGAGGCGGGUGUACGUACAGCGUAUUGCCUCCGGAGCUCGCCGAUCCUCGCCUUCAUUUGUGCCUUCUUCUGCUCUGCCUCUCGCAGGAGUCUCGCCUGUCGCAAGCGUCGCGGAGGAGAAGGCCUUUAGCCGCGAGCAACCGGAGAUCAGCCUCUGCUUGUUCUUGCACCUUUCGUCGCCUCUCCCUCUCUUCUUCUUCUGCUUUCGCGAGAGCCUCCUGAGCUGCGAUCUCCGCUUUGGCCACAUACGCGACAGCCGCCGAGGAGACAGCGGCAGGGAACGAAGAGACUUUUUCCUCUCCCUCGAUUGUCGAAGGCGACUCAGGCAGCAGCGCAGAAGCCGGAGAGGCAAAGGAACCCCCUGGAGGACGCCGAGGCCCUGCAUGGGCGUCCGGGACCCUGUGCGGUGUCUCUUCACUUGGGCGCAAGCCUGCUCUGAGGCGAUGCCUUUCCCCCGGUGUUCCUCCAGUUCGGCUCUUCCCUCUGAGAGCGUCUCCGCGCCUCGAAUCACGGUCUCUGCGGUCGGCGCUCUGUGGGCGCGACACACAUCUUCUUCGUCACCUUCGCGCUGGAAUGCGGCGGCCUGCGACGCCGAGCAAAGCUCCCGGGGAAAGAGGAUCGCGUCUACGCACCAACUAACAGAGAGGUCUGCUGAGAGGCUGAAGAAAAAACGCUCGCUGCGAACGGCGGGCGGCCUCGCCUGCUUCGUCUCGCACCUCGUCGGCAUUCACCGCUGCCAUCUCGGCCUCUGGAAACUCCAGCCGCUUCAUCGGCUCUGUACGCGAGGCGGCGAACGCGGCUUUCUCCGCCGCGACCGCAGCAAGCUGCCCAGCUUCAGCUGUACGUACACCUGUCGCGCGUGCGCGGGCGACUGCCGCCUCGUACGCGGCCGGCGGGGGCUGGAGGGGAGCAGCCGCGAGCGUCUUCACAGCGCCGUAGUGACAGUCGAAUGCGGGGAUCUGAGGGAAGGAGAAGUGGAGCGGAAGCUCGAGCAGAGCGGUGUCGAAUCAAGUGAGAAAACAGCUUUCGUGCGCUUCUACACAGGCACGCGAGAGCUGGAACAGGCAACAGGUAAAACGUUUUUGGCUUGUCUGCGCAAGCAAGGGAACGAUAUCACAAGGCAGAAGGCACUCGGGCUCUUUUGA